GUUCAGUGUUGACAGUUCAUUGGUACAGUGUUGACAGUACUCUGUCUACUGUCUACUACAUUAAUUUCUACUUUCAGUACUUUCUACAUAAUAUAAAAAAAAUAUCAACAUCACUAAACAUCAACAAUAAUAAUUAAUAUAAUCAACAUCUCAAAUCUCAAGCAUCCUAGCAUUAAAUUCAUUUCAUGUUGAUUUGAAUUUAUUAGCUAUGGAAUUUCAUAUUAAGAUCAAGAAAGAAGAGUCUGUUGAAUAUGACCAAAAAAAUAUACAGAGUCAGCUUCAGCUAUCCACAUCAACAGAUCUUGGACAAUUGAAGAAUGAACCAGAUAAUAACUCAGCUGUGGCAGUUAAAACAGACAUUAAGGAGGAGGAGUUCCUUGAAGGUGACUUGAGAUCUAUAGAGAGUCAGCUAACUACAUCCGUAGAUCUUGAAGACUUAAAGAAUGAAUCAGGUGAAUAUAAUUCAGCUGUGGCAGUUAAAACUGACAUUAAGGAGGAGUUCCUUGAAGGUGACUCGAGAUCUAUAGAGAGUCAGCUAGCUACAUGCGUAGAUCUUGAAGACUUAAAGAAUGAAUCAGAUGGAUAUAAUUCAGGUUUUACUCAGGAAGAGAACAAAACGAAAAUUAUGGAGACUUUUUUUGAACAUUCAUCUCAUAAAGGAGACCGUAUGAGUUAUGCUGAGGAGAAAACCGUAAAUAAAAAUAUAGAAGUUCAGACUACACAGAGACCUUACAACUGUAAAAUUUGUUUUAAAAAGUUUUCUCAGAGAGGUCAUUUAAAUGUUCAUUUGAGAGUGCACACUGGCGAAAAACCUCACAAGUGUGAAAUUUGUUUUAAGCGGUUUAGUGAAGCAAGUGCUUUGAAAAAGCAUUUGAGAGUACACACUGGAGAAAAACCUCACAAGUGUGAAAUUUGUUUUAAGCAGUUUAGUGAAGCAUGUGCUUUGAAAAAUCAUUUGAGAGUGCACACUGGAGAAAAACCUCACAAGUGUGAAAUUUGUCUUAAGCAGUUUGCUAUAACAAAUAAUUUGAAAGUACAUUUGAGAGUGCACACUGGAGAAAAACCUCAUAAGUGUGAAAUUUGUUUUAAGCGGUUUAGUGAAGCAAGUGCUUUGAAAAAGCAUUUGAGAGUACACACUGGAGAAAAACCUCACAAGUGUGAAAUUUGUUUUAAGCAGUUUAGUGAAGCAUAUGCUUUGAAAAAUCAUUUGAGAGUUCACACUGGAGAAAAACCUCACAAGUGUGAAAUUUGUUUUAAGCAGUUUAGUGUAGCAGGUACUUUGAAAACACAUUUGAGAGUGCACACUAUAGAAAAACCUCACAAGUGUGAAAUUUGUCUUAAGCAGUUUGCUAUAACAAAUAAUUUGAAAGUACAUUUGAGAGUGCACACUGGAGAAAAACCUCAUAAGUGUGAAAUUUGUCUCGAGCAGUUUUCUCAAAAAGUCCAAUUAAAAAGACAUAUGAUACAACACGCUGGAGGAAAACCCUACAAUUAAACAGUUUUCUUGAGCAAAGUAACGUUACGCCGGUUUUCCCUAUCCUAGCGGUGAACUGACCGGUCUUUUCUAAAACGACUGAAGAAGCGGAUGUCUACGUGAGAUAACGAAAGGGUCCCCGCUAUGUUUCAUUCUAGCACAUCCAAGGGAAAACCAGCUAACGGGGUAUAAAAUAUACCUUACCAUUUUACUCCAGUGCAGAAUUUGUUACCUACAGAUCUUCACCGACGAAUGGAAUUUGCUCAAUUUGUUAUGGAUAGGACAAAUUCAAAUAACAAUUUCGUUAGCAAUAUUCUUUUUACUGAUGAAGCCACUUUCACACGUAAGGGCGUUUAUAACUGGAGAGAUUAUCACAUUUGGGAUAACGAAAAUCCACAUAUGUUAUUAGAGAAGCACACUUUCAUUCAGAAUAAAUUUUUAGAGAUAAUUUAAUAGACCCCUUUGAAUUACCUGCAAAUUUCAACGGCAAUUUAUAUUUGGAAUUUCAAAGUACCCUUUUUGAUGAACUGGAAGAGACACCAUCAAACCAAAGGAGACAUAAGUGGUUUAUGCAAGAUGGCGACCCACCACAUUUUCUCUUAGUGGUGCGAAAUUAUUUGAACAAUCAGAUAGGAUUUCCUCCUAGAUGGAUAUAGGACGAGGAAGUAAGUUUCCUUAGCCUGCUCGGAGUUCUGAUUUUAACCCCUUGAGAUUUUUAUUUUUGUGGACAUAUUAUGAAGACACUUGUGUUGUGCUCAAGAAAUUAAUACCCGUCAAGAAUUAUGGCAACAAAUAGAAAAUGCCUCAAUUUUAUUGGAAAUCAACCGAACAUAUUUUUAAAAGUUAGGAGAAAUUUUUCUGAUAGAAUUCAAAAAUGUAUUGAAGUGAAUGGAGGCCGCUUUGAAAUUGUAUUAAAUUGAUUUAUUGUUACAGUAUAAAUAAAUAUUUUUUUAAUA